AUGGGGCCCACACACGAUGACUCUGGCGCCAAGCUCCGCCUAAUGUGCAGCUACGGCGGCCACAUCCUCCCCCGUCCACGCACCGCCACCCUCUGCUACGUCGGCGGCGACACCCGCAUAGUCUCCGUCGACCGCCGCGCCGUGACCACACUCUCCUCGUUAGUCUCCCACCUCUCCUCCGCUCUCUCCCUCGACUUCCCCUUCGCCGUCAAGUACCAGCUCCCUCACCUCGACCUCCGCUCCCUCAUCUCCCUCUCCUCCGACAGCGACUUCCGCGCCCUACUCGACCGCCACCACCGCCUCUCCUCCCCGAGAAUCAGGCUCUUCCUCUUCCCUCUUAUCCGCCACCCCAAGACUGAUUCUUGGUUCUUCGAUGGUGGUAACUUCUUGCACCCUGAGGUUCACCGCUUUGUCUCCUCUGCUCCGCCGCCUCGUGAAAGCGGUGUGGUUUUGGAGACUAGUUCGUCUUUUGAGUCUUCUUCUUCUUCAGCUUCCUUCACCAGCUUGCCUCCAAGUGAUAAUUGUGUUUCAAGUAUCAUGUCCCACCAGCAGAACAUAUCUCACCAAGACCCUGUGGUUCAUAUUUCGGAGGCAAGACUCAACGCUGAAUCCAUUGAAGUUGAAAGCGAAAGUCCUUAUAUUAUUUCUGCUGGGGUCAUAGCUAAUAACACGAAAAUUGGUAUAGGGUAUUCUGCAUUUCCACAGCCUAAUCAAGUGGAGAGGUCACAUUUGCAGCCUGUGCAAGCUGCUGCACAGGUUUUACCCCUUCACCCGAGUGGCGUGUUGCCAGUACCAUCUUAUCAGCUCAUUUACCAGCAACCACAUCCUUUGCAGCAUCCAACUUAUCAUAUUAAUCAACCAAGCCCUGUCUACCUUGUGCCUGUUGGAAACAUGCCUCUCAAUGCUUCUAACCAAGUUUCAUUGAACCUUAAUGCUCCCUCUAUGAAUUUUCAUGUAGAUCAAGACUCUGAGGUGGGAGCAAGGUGUCAUUUUGCUCAUGGUUCUUUUGCCUCCCAGAAUUACUUAACAGAUAAUGCAACCAUAUCUUUUGUUUAUGUACCGUACAAUGGAAGUAAGCAGCCAGAAAUGGAUAUUUAUCCAAUGCAUCAGCAAUCUCAGACUGUAUCUAUCACGGAGUUUCCCAAGGAUGGAAAUGAACUUGAUGAUGAGCUUGCUCAUGAUCAGAUAUAUAAAUCUCAGCCCCCACCUCCGACAAUGCCUUCUAAGCACCAAACCAUGACAAAAGCUACAACAAACCUUGUAUCAGAGGCUCUUGCUCAAUUGCAAGGGGAUGACCUCAAGCAGCAGACAGAAACAACAUCAUGA